AUGAGUGCAUCAUCAUUGGCUCAUUGCUGGGAGCAGUGUCAUUGGAAGAAUGACACGGAUGGCUGCCGUAUAAUGCCCAAAGCUCAAUUUUCUUCUGCAAGCAUGUACUACUCGACCCAGCAUUUAUCUGCAAAAAGUGAUGUCUUUAGCUUCGGUGUGGUGCUCCUGGAGAUCAUAACCGGUCGGGAGCCACUAAAUAUACACAGACCACGCAGUGAAUGGAGCUUAGUUGAAUGGGCAAAACCAUUAGUCCAGGAAUCAAGAAUAGAAGAUUUGGUGGAUCCAAGUAUAAAAGCAGGGUAUAAUGCAGAAGCAAUGUGGAGGGUGGUUGAAGUUGCAAUAACUUGUCUUGAGCCCUUCUCUGCUUACCGACCAUGCAUGUCAGUUAUCACACGUGAGCUAGAGGAUGCCCUAAUUAUAGAGAUUAAUGCAUCUGAAUACAUGAAGUCCAUUGACAGCUUUGGGGGAUCUCAUCGAUGGUCUUUUGCAGACAAGAAGAUUGUCCUUCCUGCUCCCACUACUCCAUCUACAACAGAACCAUCCCCUAUCAUCUCACAAGCUUUGGCUCCUCCAGAGCCAAGGUAGUAGAUAGGUUUAAAGUGAGCAUACAAAGCUAAUAUUUGUGUAAUACACUCAACUUCAUUAACAUGUAAACUCAGGCAGGUGGAUC